UUGAAAUCCCAUAGCAACUGCUACACCCUUCACGUUACCCGUAGCCCGAGCACACUUCCUGGAUGCUGAGUAACCGCUUUGUCCUCGGAAUCCCGUGCAUGACAAGCUUCCCGUAGCAGGAUAUUUUCGCGUAUUUGCUUCUCAUUGGCUGGUGGAGCGAGUCAACAACAACAACAAUAAAAUCAUCCUUCCGGCGUGAGGGCGCGGUUAUCGGUCUGCCGAUAUCCCGUUAUAAGGCUCAACAAGUCUCCAGAUACACUUCAACGGAGGUUUUAUCUUAUUAAGAGUGACCGUUAAACGUUUGGAGAUGAACGGAGAUUGCGUGGACGCGCGGCCCGGGGACGCGACAGAUGCUGGUCCGGAUGGGGCGUCAGGAGAGCAGGAUGUGCAGGUUGAUUCUAAGGCUCAGUCACAUGACUUCAGAUACAGCCUGAGCUACCCCAGCAUUGGCCUCUGCAUCAUCAUCAAUAACAAAAACUUUCAUCGCAGUACAGGCAUGAACCAGCGGAACGGUACUGAUGUAGAUGCAGGAAAUGUAAUGAAUGUGUUUCGGAAGCUAGGAUACACUGUGAAAGUCUACAAUGAUCAGACAGUUGCACAGAUUAUGCAGGUUUUAACAGCAGUGGCCCGUGACGACCACAGCCGCUGUGCUUCGUUGGUGUGUGUAAUGCUCAGUCAUGGAGAUGAGGGAGUGUUUUAUGGCACCGAUACUUCUGUGGAGCUCAAGGCAUUAACUAGCCUUUUCAGAGGAGACCGCUGCCCAUCACUAGUGGGAAAGCCUAAGCUUUUCUUCAUACAGGCCUGUAGAGGUACAGAACUGGAUCCCGGCGUGGAGUCAGAUACUCAUACGAGCUCCGAUAAUUCUGUGAGGAUUCCUGUGGAGGCAGACUUCCUCUAUGCCUACUCUACCGCACCAGGUUACUACUCCUGGAGAAACACCAUGACCGGUUCUUGGUUCAUUCAGUCCCUUUGUGAAAUGAUGGCAAAGUAUGGCAGAGAACUGGAGCUCAUGCAGAUCAUGACCAGGGUCAACCAUAAAGUGGCACUCGGCUUUGAGUCUACCUCCAACCAGCCUGGUUUUGACGCCAAGAAACAAAUCCCUUGCAUUGUCUCGAUGCUCACCAAGGAGAUGUAUUUCACUGCUUGAAGGGACAAGGGAACUAUUAGAGCUUCUCCAGCUUUUCUGUAAGCAACACAGGUACAGAAUAUACACUGAGGGUAGACUUUAAGCACAGAAGCGUAAGCUGGGCAUGCUCACUUUGGGGUUUCUCUGUCUCAGGACUGGUGUUGUGGGUCGUGUUGGCAUUUAAAAUACUGCAUGUGAAAGCAGCUUCUCAGGUUUUUGUUUACCUUUUGAAAAUAUACAGUUUUGUCUCUGGUUUUCUAAUUAUAAUCUAAUAAUGAGCAAUCACCAAUGACAGGAGAGGUUAGGAUUUUUUAAAUUACAGUAAUCAGGGACUUUAAAAGGGUGCUGUAAUAAUUCGACUGUACAAUAAGGGCAUUUAAUUGAAGUAAAUUCUGCUAACUUAACGUAAAAAGCAAAGUACAAUCAAUAAUAUUCCCUGUCACUGAACCAUGGGAACGUUUUGGUGCAACUUCUGAAAUCUAAUGUACAGGUUUCCAUUAGGAAGCAAUAAAGCAUUUUACUGUACUAGUCUAUUCCUACAGGGAAAAAAACAGCUAAGUUUUUUUUUGUUUUUUUUUGUGGUAAUAGACACCAAUACUACCUUUUAUAUUAUAUUAACAUAAAUUAUAUUUAAUUUGGACUGCUUUUUGGUUAGUCUCUUCAAGAUGAUUAUGAAGACUGUGAGAUCUUCCUACGAAAACGUACUGUUCAUGUUUAUUGUAUACUCUUGUUUACUAUACAUAAAUGCUUUUUGUGUAUAAACUGCUUUUGCAUGCGUUUAAACGGCUCUGUAGUGCACUGGAUGAUAAUACAUAUUUCCCUCAGAACCUAA